CCGACAUAACUCAAGCGCCUCGGCUGGGUGGCCUCCUCGGCGCGCAUGUGGCGUGCCAGGCGAGACAUCAAGCUCGACUUGCGCGACGUCGGUCCACCGUGGGUUCGGGAUCGUGCUCGCGUGGAUUUCGAGAGGGUUUGCUGGGCCGAGUGGGCGACCAAGACUGAGCAGGCUCCCGAGGUCAGCGUGGGCGUCGUCCCGCGGGUUCCUGCGGGCUACUGGCUGGAGCCGACCAGGGCGUCGUUUGCCGCCGCUGCCGCCCGUGCCGGCCGAGAGUUGACACCGUUUGCCCCAGCAUGCCUCCGCUCCCCCAUGGUCGGAGGUCAGCGGUCGCAGGCGCCUGUGUAAGCCUGGCUAUUCUGGGCUCAGCGCGCGUCAAGUGCGAGAGGAGACCCCAGGGACUUUGCAUCAUCGUUUUUGGGGCUGCCCAAGCGCCCGAAGUGAUCUCAG